UCCCCAUCUCGAAUGUUUCUUGUCACUGUCACGACCAGAACACAGGGUUGGACCCAAAUGCACGACUUGGGAGACGCAGAGGCAGUUCGGGAAAAGUGUUUAUUCGGUCCAGUGUCGGGGAUCAGGCAAGGAGUCAACGGGAGCAGCAGUAACAAAAAUAUCAGGCGUAGGAAGCAGGUCAGUGGACAGGCAGGAGUGGGUACACAGGAGAUCAGGAACAGGAUUACGAGAGUGCGGGAACGAGGCAUGAAGCAACGAUCUGGCAAAGGCCAGACCGUACGUGUGGUUCGUUAUAACUGGGACAUAAUUACUAGAGACGAGGCGCAGGUGUGCGCCUCCACUGAAUGCGGCAGGUGUGUGCCACCUCGGGGACCGGUACGGCCAGGACAGGGACUGGCAGGGCCAUGACAGUCACCUUCUCUCAGGGAGAAGAUGCCGUUCCACCACGUGACGGCGGGCCUGCUGUACAAAGGCAACUACCUGAGUCGCUCGCUCUCGGAGGGCGACGGCGACGUGCUGGCCAGCAUCUCCGUGGAGGAACUCCACGAGAUCCGGGAAGCCUUCGAGGUUCUGGAUCGCGACGGCAACGGUUUCAUCUCCAAGCAGGAGCUGGGCAUGGCCAUGCGCUCGCUGGGCUACAUGCCCAGCGAAGUGGAGCUCGCCAUCAUCAUGCAGCGGCUUGACAUGGACGGUGACGGCCAAGUGGACUUUGAGGAGUUCAUGACCAUCCUUGGACCAAAACUCCUCUCUUCCGAAAGCAGAGAAGGUUUCCUGGGCAGCACCAUAGACACCAUCUUCUGGCAGUUCGACAUGCAGAGGAUCACGCUGGAGGAGCUGAAGCACGUCCUCUUCUACGCCUUCCGAGACCACCUGACCAUGAAGGACAUUGAGAACAUCAUCAUCAACGAGGAGGAAAGCCUCAAGGAGAACGCGGGAAACUGCCAGACCGAAUUUGAAGGAGUCCACCCGUCCAAGAAGAACCGUCAGACGUGUGUAAGGAAGAGCCUGAUCUGCGCCUUCGCCAUGGCGUUCAUCAUCAGCGUCAUGCUGAUCGCAGCCAAUCAGAUGCUGAGGAACGGCAUGGAGUAGCCACGCCCACUGUGACGCAUGCGCACACACACACGGAGUUCUUUUGAUUUUUUUUUUUUUUUUUU